CACGAAUUCUGGCCGAAUGACGUCACAACAUGGACGACUUUACCGAAGUGAUGGAAAGUGCGUUCUAAUGUCAGAGAAAUUCACCAAUUUGCAGGCAGCUUUAACCCUCUGAGAUGGCGGAAUCACCGCUUGGAUUGGAAUUUGAUCGUCUGAAGAUUGAUGUAAACAAAAGGCGAUGUCGGAGUGCAGAGCGAGCAUCGGAUUCCACCGCCGAGAGCAGUGGUCAGCAGCUGGACCGCCUCCGGUUGUCAGGUGAGGCUUGCAGCCGCCCCUCCUGCCAGUGCAACAAAGCCAGACGCUCGCCUGGCGCCGCCUCCUCCGCCUCCAGUCAGUGUUGGAACAGUCGAAUAACCCGGCGGCCGCAGGAACGAGGGCCUCUCCUCCGCCGCAGCCGCCUCACCUGCCUCCUGCGCCGCCCCCAGCUAAACCCCACCACCCCCGAAAGUGGCCCCCAACCUCACACAGGGCCCCGCUUCCUCAAACUAGACCCCGUUCUCUUGGACACGUGCCGCCUCCGACCGGUCGACCGCCUCCGGUGGCCGGACCGCCUCCGAGCAGGCCCCUCUCAACCCACCUUCGAAGGCCUUGCUGCCCCCAGCCCCUCAUCCUCCCCGCCGGACACUUUUCUGGGUCCCAGCUUCAGCAGACGGAGGGAUGCCGCCUCCGGGGGCGGCCCGCCCCCUGCCCCAGAGCAGACUUGCUCACAACAGGCCAGACGAGAAGAAGUGAGCAUCAACGAGUUGGCUGGUUACUUUGAAAACCUGGUGCACAUCCCGAAAAAGAUGUCCAGCAUGGCCGAGCAGAUGUACACCUAGUCCUCAGGGCAAAACUGAUUGCGGACUGAAAUCAAUUUCAGUUUUGUGGCACCUAUUGAUUUUUAUUGCUACUGUUAGAAACAUAGUCAGAUUUUCCCUCUUUUCCUUUAAACCCCAAUUGACGCAAAUGCAGCGCUGGAAUUCCCUUUCUUUCUCUACCAACAUUAUAUUUUUCUAUAAAAGGAAAGUAAGCCGCAGGUUUUAGAUAAGGAUAGGAAGAAUUUUGCCCUAUGGUUUCUAAACUUCCUUCCGUUUCAAUCCAACAAGUUUUGUUUAUCGGCAAAGACUUGCUGUGACCCAAAUCAUGUUUUAGUAAAACUACCUUGCUGUGUGCUAUUUUAAAAUCUUUGAUUUCAAAAGCAGCCAGUUUUUUUCAAAUUGCAAGUACUGCAAAUUGAUUUUCAACGAUCCUGCUUUUAGUCUAUGUCACUCUCAUUAUUUAGUUUGGAAAAUUAGAUUUGUUUGCAUCAUAGAUUAGUCUGCUGAAAAUUUGAUUUUUUUUAAUUAAUCCGAUGAAUAAUGUACGUAAAUAUAAUUGAGAUAAUUUUGCUAUAUAUUUAAUCUAAGCAGACCCUGUAAAUAUGUACGAAUAAAAAAAUAAAUCAUCCAAUUUCAUUGUUA